AUGGCGGGGGAGAAGAGGAGACGCCCAAUCACAGCAUGCCAUGCUCAAUUCCAGGGAGCGAUCUCGCAGUUUCUGAACCGAGAGGAGCGGCAGUGGAGCGAUGUUGUGUCGUAUGCCGGGGAGUGGGAUCAGGACGAGCUCGAGAGCUUUCCUAUGCGAGCAUCCUGCAUCAAACCAUCGACAAAGAUCGAGAACCUAAACAUAACCUUACGGGUCAGGCUCCUCCGCUACAUCUUCGACUCGCUGCCGGAGUUCGAGGAGGCAGUGGAGGCGUUUGACCGCGCGCAUCUGCUGGAGCCCAAGGUCUGCCGGGUGAAGGAGAUUAUAGAGAGCAUAGAGAUGUACAAGUUCGUCCGAGACUUCUUGCUGUCUCUGCAGCACAGGAAGCACAUCGACCGCGUCCUCGACGUCGCAUGCGGCCAUGGGCUCGUUGGCAUCCUGCUGGCUCGCCGCUUUCCGUCCUUGCAGGUCACGUCGCUAGAUCUCGUCGCUCGUCCCGCGUUCGACGUCUUCAGGGAUGGAUGGGACGCGAGCAUGCGCGAGAGGGGCCAGAGGUCGCUGGGCAACGUAGAGAAGCUGGAGGGGGACUUCCGAGACCACUUGGAGCUCGUGACGGAGACGACGCUGGUGCUGUCGGUGCAUGGCUGCAACGAGGUAAACAACCUGGUCAUCGAGACUGCCAGAAGUCGAUCAGCAGCAUGGGCGGCGCUGCCAUGCUGCAUACGGGACUCGCUCUUCCUCCCGUCCUCCAAGGUCCACCUGAUGGACGGGUGUGCAGCGAAGGCGUCCAAGUACUUCAGGGAGUUCCAGGGAGUGCGGCAUGCUUUCUUCUGCGGCUGCAUGAUGGAAAAGUACGAGGCCGAGCGGUUGUCCAUGUACGGAGGUCGUGCUCACAACUAUCUUCAGAUUCUUCGAUCCAUGGACUCUAGAAUCACUGACAAGGGAAUCUUCCUGGCGGGGGGCCGUUACAUCAGUGUCUGUGGCCCGCUGAGCCUCCGGAGGGCCCUCCGUGGCAAGAUGAAACUGGGAACGCCGUACACCGUAGAAUGGAACAUAAAGAGACUCGCAGCAUGA